AUGGGCAAGCACGCCCCCGCGGCGCCGCAGCAAACGCACGCGUUUCCCGCCUGGGCGCGGACGCCCGCCGCGUGCGAGGCGGCCUACGCCGUGUCGGCCGCGUGGGGCCUCUCGUCCGACGAGGCCGUCGCGCGCCGCGAGGCGUACGGCCCCAACGAGCUCGGCGAGCACCCGUCCCCGUCGCUCCUCUCGCUGCUCCUCGCCCAGUUCGACGACACCCUCGUCCGCGUCCUCCUCGCCGCGGCCGCCGUCUCCUUCGCGCUCGCCUACCUCGACGACGCGGCCUCGUCCUUCGUCGAGCCCCUCGUCAUCUUCCUCAUCCUGCUCGUGAAUGCCGCCGUCGGCGCGUGGCAGGAGACCAGCGCCGAGCGCGCGCUCGCCGCGCUCAAGGAGAUACAGUGCGAGCACGCCGCCGUGCGCCGCGACGGUGUGCUGGUGACCCGCGUCCCGGCGAGGGAGCUGGUGCCCGGGGACGUCGUCGAGCUCCGCGCCGGGGACAGGGUCCCCGCGGACGUGCGCGUGAUGUCGCUCGUGUCUUCCACGCUGCGGGCGGAGCAGGCGUCGCUCACCGGGGAGAGCGAGGCGGUCAACAAGACCGCGCGCGCGGUAGCCGCGGAGGACGCGGAGAUACAGGCCAAGGAGUGCAUGCUGUUCGCCGGCACCACGGUGGCCAACGGGAGCUGCGUCGCCCUCGUAGUGGCCACCGGCAUGGCCACAGAGAUCGGCCGCAUCCACAGCCAGAUACACGACGCGUCGCAAGCCGACGACGACACGCCGCUCAAGCGCAAGCUCAACGAGUUCGGCGAGGCGCUCACCGCCAUCAUCGGCGCCAUCUGCGCGCUCGUCUGGAUCAUCAACAUCCGCUACUUCUUGACCUGGGAGUACGACGCCGGCAGCGGCAGGUGGUGGCGGCCCACGAGGGUGGGCUUCUCCUUCGAGCGCUGCGCCUACUACUUCAAGAUCGCCGUGGCGCUCGCGGUGGCCGCGAUCCCGGAGGGCCUCCCCACCGUGAUCACCACGUGCCUCGGGCUCGGCACGCGCAAGAUGGCGCACAAGAACGCGCUCGUGCGCAGGCUCCCCAGCGUGGAGACGCUGGGCUGCACCACCGUCAUCUGCUCCGACAAGACGGGUACGCUCACCACGAACCAGAUGUCCGCCGUGCGCCUGGUCGCAAUGCCGAGUAAGGGAGGCGAGCAGCUGAGGAGCUUCCGUGUCGAGGGCACAACGUAUGACCCAACGGACGGGCGCAUCGACGGCUGGCCGGAGCCUGGCGCCAUAGACGGGAACUUGGCGAUGGUGGCGAGGAUAGCCGCCGUCUGCAACGACGCCAGCAUUUCGAUGUCCGGGCACCAUUAUGUGGCUAGUGGAAUGCCAACGGAAGCAGCUCUGAAGGUUUUGGUGGAGAAAAUGGGACUCCCUGGUGAUUCUGCGUCUUCUCUCAAAUCUUCUGAAUUAAUGUGUUGCUGCCAGUGGUGGAAUCAAAUUUAUUGCAGGGUUGCAACUUUGGAAUUUGACCGCACACGUAAGUCCAUGGGAGUCAUUGUUACAUCACACUCAGGAAAGAAUGCAUUACUUGUCAAGGGAGCCGUGGAGAAUCUUUUGGAGAGGUGCACCUACAUGCAACUGCUUGAUGGCACUGUUGUAGAGAUGGACGACACAUCUAGAGGCCUCAUUUUGGAAUCGCUCCGGGAGAUGUCAAGGAGUGCUUUGCGCUGCCUGGGCUUUGCAUACAAGGAUGAGACCCCAGAAUUUGCCACCUAUGACGGUGAAGAACAUCCUGCUCACAAGCUUCUGCUUGAUCAUUCCAACUAUUCAUCCAUUGAGAACAACCUAAUCUUCGCUGGAUUUGUUGGUCUAAGGGACCCACCGCGUGAAGAGGUUCCUGGAGCAAUUGAGAAAUGCAAAGCUGCAGGCAUCCGUGUAAUAGUGAUAACUGGAGAUAACAAGGAGACAGCUGAGGCUAUCUGCCGGGAAAUAGGAGUUUUCAGCAGGGAUGAGGACCUCCGCGGCAAGAGCUUCACAGGGAGAGAGUUCAUGUCGAUAACUGAUAAGAAAUCUAAGCUGAGACAGCAAGGCGGGCUCUUGUUCUCCCGAGCUGAGCCAAAGCACAAGCAAGAGAUCGUAAGGCUGCUAAAAGAAGAUGGGGAGGUUGUUGCCAUGACCGGAGAUGGCGUUAACGAUGCUCCUGCCCUGAAGCUGGCUGACAUUGGCAUAGCGAUGGGCAUCGCCGGCACCGAGGUUGCUAAGGAAGCAUCUGAUAUGGUACUAGCAGAUGACAAUUUCAAAACAAUUGUCGCAGCUGUUGGUGAAGGAAGAUCUAUCUACAACAACAUGAAAGCAUUCAUAAGAUACAUGAUCUCAUCAAACAUCGGUGAGGUGGCCUCCAUAUUCCUUACAGCUGCCUUGGGUAUUCCAGAAGGGCUCAUUCCUGUUCAGCUUCUAUGGGUUAACCUUGUCACUGAUGGCCCACCAGCCACUGCACUGGGGUUUAACCCCCCAGAUAAGGAUAUCAUGAAGAAACCUCCACGACGAAGUGAGGAUUCCCUGAUCAGUGCGUGGGUCUUAUUCCGCUACAUGGUCAUUGGGCUCUAUGUUGGUGUGGCAACUGUUGGUGCAUUUGUCGUCUGGUACACACACGGAUCUUUCCUGGGGAUAAAUCUUGGCGCUGACGGCCAUACUCUUGUGACAUAUAGCCAGCUCUCGAACUGGGGCCAGUGCUCCUCCUGGGAGGGCUUCAAGGCAGAACCGUUCAUCGCAGGGGAUCGUGUGUUCUCCUUUGACGCCAAUCCCUGUGACUACUUCACCGAGGGAAAGGUGAAGGCCACGACGAUCUCCCUCUCCGUGCUGGUCGCCAUCGAGAUGUUCAACUCCCUGAACGCGCUGUCUGACGAUGCAAGCCUACUGACCAUGCCCCCUUGGGUCAACCCAUGGCUCCUCCUGGCCAUGUCACUGUCGUUCGGUCUGCACUUCUUGAUCCUGUAUACACCGCUCUUCGCGUCAGCGUUCGGUAUCGUGCCCCUGAGCUUCAAUGAGUGGAUACUGGUCAUGGUCGUGGCGUUUCCGGUGAUCAUCAUCGAUGAGGUCCUCAAACUCGUGCGGCGGUGCAUGCUUCGCCUAGGUAGACCGUCCAUGAAGCUCAAGGCCGACUGAACCUCCCCCCUGAACUCUGAAUAUGUGCUGAAACGGGUAAAGGUAGACAUUAAAUUUGAUCAGAGUAUGGCAGGAAAGCUAAAGUACAACAAUAUGUGUACAUAUUGGUCUACCAUGUGCAUAAGUAAUUACCACAAGUCGCUUCCAAGCAGUCCUCCAUGUAACCCAAAUUGCUGAGAUGCCUUUUUUUUCACCAUUAUUUGCCUUAUGACACCCUGCAGAUGGAAAAUAUUUCCUAGGUCUGAUGAUCACUUAGGUCUGCUGACCGACCCAGUAGCAGGGAUGGAGAACACAGGCGCCCGUUGGCACGG